UCAAGUCUGUAUUUUCUUCAGAAUUGUAAAUGCCAGGAUCUGAAAAAAUGGAUAGAGAAAAGAGUACUGAAGGAGGAGUAGGACAGGAAAAGGUCAUAGGACUAAAGAUAAACCUGGAAAAACCCACUUCUGUUGUCAGAGACACUUUAUACUGCACCUUUGGUUAAAGACAGCAUUUUAAGGAAUUUAUUUCAAGAUGGCAACCAGUGAGCCGAAUCAGUUUCUGGAAAAUGUUGAUGAGAAGGUCCUAGAGUGCACCAUAUGCUUUAAGAGACUUCAAAAUCCUAAAUCUCUCAACUGCCUCCAUAGUUUCUGUUUAGCGUGCCUAGAAGACUGGGUUAAGGAGAAGGGUAAGCUGACUUGUCCAACUUGUUCAAAAUCAUAUCCCAUUCCAAAGGGCGGGCUUCAAAAGCUUCCACCCAAUACAUUUAUAAAUAACUUAUUAGAAACUAUUGAAACAUUUUCUGGAAAAGAUCAGAUAAGAUGUGCUUGUAAAAAAGGAGAAGCAGCAUUACAUUACUGCCAGGAUUGCAGACAGUGCUUGUGUUCUACUUGUAUUAAAUAUCAUAAAGUUUUUCGACUAUUUGCAAACCACAAGCUACAUUCAGUGGAGGAUGUGCGAUCAAUGACCCCUUCACAGAUGACUUUACUACAUCCACCACAGUGUUUGCAUCAUAACAAACCUUUGGAAUUUUAUUGCACAGAUUGUAAAACUCCAAUAUGCAUGCAUUGUAUAAUUAUUGACCACAAGGAGUUGGAAGGAAAUCACAAAAUAAUCAGCAUUUCUAAAGCUUUUCAAGCAUUUAAAGAAACUUCAGCAGAAUUGGAGAAAGCUGCCAAUGACUGCAAAAACAAAUUACAAGAUGGCCUCAAAGCAGUAACUCAGAUAGCUAUAAAAUUAGGACAAAAUAAAGCUACAACUUUGAGAAAUAUUGACAAUCAUGUACAGCUGAUGAUAAAGAAAAUCAAAGAAAAUGGAGACAAAAUUAAAAAUGAAGUAGAGAUAAUAUACAAAAAGAAAAAGAAGGUAAAUGAUGUACAAAUGGAUGAAUUGGAAAAAACAAUAAAUGAUAUAACAACAGAACUGACUUUUCUCAAUCAAUUACUGAAGAGUGAUGAAGCAACAGCAAUGCAGUCAAGUGAAAGAGUAAUUACAGCACUGAAUGACAGAAUCAAUGAAUUGCCAAAAACAAAGCCAGCUGAUGAUGGACAAAUUAAAUUUGUUAUCAAUGAGAAUCAGCUCGAUUCAUUGCAACAAUGUGAUAUUGGGUAUGUAUCACAGGGAGCAGCAGAUUGCCUAACACUGAAGGGAGGGAAAUCUGUGACCAAAGGUCAGACAAUUGUUGUCAAAAUAAUAAAAACAGAUGAAUGUGAAAUAAAUGCAAAUCAACUGAAGGCAACUUGGACACAGCCUACAGGAGAAAUCAAUGUCACUCAAGUUCAGGAAGAUGACAAUGGAGAUUAUUUUGUGACAGGAAAAUGCACUAGUACAGGUGUUUGUAAAUUAGAUGUGAGCAACAAUGGCGAACCAAUCAAGCAGUCACCAGUGACAGUGGAAGUAGAGAAGGAAGGACUAGUAAAAACUAUUGAUAUAGACAAAGAAGAUGUUAGAGAUGUAGUUAAGUGUGAAAAUGAUUGCUUGCUGGUUUCAUGCUUGACAAAUGAAAUGCUCAAAUACAAGCAAUCAGGAGAAUUUACUGGUAAGGUUACACUGCCAGCAGGUUUGAAGGUUAACAGAAUGUACAAAAUGAAGAAUGGUAACAUAGCAUUUAGUGAUUUUCGUAAGAAUACCAUCAACGUAUGUAAUAUGAAUGGUCAGGUGAUCAAAUCAAUUGGUCAGAAAGAAUUAAAUCCAAUUGAUAUCCAUGUGGAUGAGGCAUCGAAUGUCCUAUAUGCAGGAGACUGGAAUUCAGACUAUGUCUACAUGUUUGACUUUGAUAAUGACAAAGUGAACAAGCAGAUAGGGUCAAAAAGCAAACACAGUGAAAUAAGUAGAGCGCUUGGUAUAACUCUUACAAAUCAAGGACAUCGCCUCAUAUUGUAUAAUAAAAAUCAAGGACUACAAUUAUUUGAUAAAGAGGGAAGGUUUAUGAAAGUCCUUGUUGAAUCAGGAAAUGAAGAUGGUAAGGUGAUGAAUCCAAAAGGAGUAGUAGUUGAUGAGGAUGACGACAUCAUUAUAUCAAGUAAUCACAAACUACAGCUAUUCAGUAGUGAUGGAUCUUUCAUUAAAAGAAUUGAUAAACCAGAAGAUGAAAUCAAAAAUCCAUUGGGAUUAUCCAUCAUUUCACAUCAUCCAAGGAGACUUGCAGUAGCAAAUACUGGUAACAAUACUGUAAAAAUAUUCAAUUAUUAAAAAUUGAUAGUCAACUGGCUGCUAUUGUUGUUGUGUGGUCUUUUAUAAAAUAUUAAUUUACAGGUGAAUACCUACAUAUAUAUUAUUUCAUAUCAUUCUUAAAUUUGCAGUUGUGAUUACCAAACUGUAUAAACUUAUUAAUUUUGAUGAUGAUGAUACUGCUCACUUGUUUAUGUUACAUUUUUCAUCUACUGAAUCACACACCAUAUUAGGAAUACCAACAAACAUGUAUAUUAUUUAAUAUUAAAUGGAAAAAUGUAUUGAGUCAGAUCCAUAGCAUCCUCAUUGUGUAUAUUUAUUUAUAGAGUAUUAAACAUACUUCCAUUUAAUUUCAUUUUCAUUACUUUUAUUAUAAAUUCAAUAUGAAAACAAUUGCAUUAUUUUUAUGUUGAAUCAACUCAUGUAUGGCUGAGAAUUAUGUGAAGAGACAAGAAUAAUUCUGUCAACAAUCACAUUUUUGUAAUUUAUAUCUCCACAUUUUAAAUGUAUUACUGGGUAGUUUUGUAAAAUAUAUAUAACUAUUCUAGGAAAUAUUCUUUUUGAAUAAUUAUUUUUAAUUAUUGUCAUUGUGUAGUUUACAGUAAUGCCAUGUUAGCCAGCUAUGAAUUUUCAAUUAGAAAAUUUCUUGUGGUAAAAAUUAACUUUAAAAAAAUAUACUUUAAACAUUUUGAUCAAAAUAAAUGUUAUGGUAGGUUAUUAUAUUGCAAAGGGGUAAAAUAGUCUCAUCUGGUUUCUAAUAGUUGACGAAGCCUGACUGACUAGGCUAGGCUACUAUCAGUCUACUACAACAAUACAAUUAUUAUACAACAAGGAGAAAAUUGUAUUAAAAAUAUUGGUAAAAAACAAAAAAAAAGUAUAAAACUGGUUUAACACAAUAUAUAUAUAUAUAUAUAUAUAUAUAUAUAUAUAGAACUGGAGGUCGCUGGAACAGAAUGUUGCUACUCGGAGUUUCACGCUAUUGCGAUCGUCAGGCAACUGAUGAAAGGUGAACGUUG